CCUCUCCUCCAUUUACCAGUUCACUAUUUCUUGUAAGAAAUCUUACCGUUAAACCUUGUCAGCAAACCUCACUAAAGAAAUGCUCUCUCACUUCAUUUCCUGAAAAUAAAUGGCUUUCUCUGCUAAAACCCUUCACCUCCCUCUCCCUCUACAUUCCCAAAACCCUAAUUUCCCAAAUACCCAACACCCCAUUUUCAAAAAGACCCUAACUUUCUCAUUCAAAUCCAUCAAACCCAACAAACUAAAAUCAACCAAAACCUCACUCACCACCACUCAAAACAACCCAACAAACUCACAGUUACUUCACUUAUGCCUCAAUGGGAACUUAAAACAAGCCAUAAAACACCUUAAUUCAAUGCAAGAAUUGAAAAUUCUAGUGGAAGAUGAAACCUAUAUAGCUCUAAUAAGAUUAUGUGAGAAUAAAAGAGGGUAUAAUGAGGGUGAUUAUGUGUGUAAAUCUGUUUUGAAUUCAUUGGUUACCCCAUUAAAUGUUAGGGUUGGCAAUGCUUUGUUGAGUAUGUAUGUGAGGUUUGGCGAGUUGGGUGAUGCUUGGAAUGUGUUUGGGAGAAUGGGUGAGAGAGAUUUGUUUUCUUGGAAUGUUUUAGUUGGUGGGUAUGCUAAAGGGGGGUUCUUUGAUGAGGCUUUGUGUUUGUAUCAUAGGAUGUUGUGGGUUGGUAUUAGGCCUGAUAUUUAUACUUUUCCUUGUAUUUUGAGGAGUUGUGGUGGUGCUAGUGAUUUGGUUAGGGGCAAGGAGAUUCAUUGUCAUGUUGUUAGAUUUGGGUUUGAGUUGGAUGUUAGUGUUGUUAAUGCUUUGAUCACCAUGUAUGUGAAAUGUGGUUGUGUUGAUUCGGCACGUGUGGUGUUUGAUAAAAUGCGCCAGAGAGAUAGGAUUUCUUGGAAUGCGAUGAUUUCCGGGUAUUUUGAGAAUGGUGAUUGUAUGGAAGGUCUGUAUUUGUUUUUAGUGAUGCUUGAGCUUUCGGUUGAUCCUGAUUUGAUGACCAUGACUAGUGUGAUCUCUGCGUGUGAGCUUCUUGGUGAUGAUAGAUUAGGGAGACAGAUUCAUGGGUAUGUAAUGAAGACAGGGUAUACUAAUGAUGUUUCAGUGAAUUCUUUGUUGAUUCAGAUGUACUCAAGUCUUGGCUAUUGGGAGGAAGCAGAAAGACUGUUUUCGGGAAUGGAAUAUAGAAAUGUUGUGUCAUGGACGGCAAUGAUUUCGAGUUAUGAGGACAAUUCAAUGCCUGAAAAGGCCUUGGAUACUUACAAAAACAUGGAGCUAGCAGGUAUAAUGCCUGAUGAGAUUACAAUAGCCUGCGUUCUGUCUGCAUGUGCUUCGUUAGGACAAUUAGAUUUGGGUGUGAAGCUUCAUAAACUUGCUGACAGGAUGGGACUAAUGUCAUAUGUUAUUGUCGCAAACUCGCUCAUUGAUAUGUAUUCAAAAUGCAAAUGCAUUGAUAAGGCUUUGGAAGUCUUUCAUCACAUCCCUGACAAAAAUGUGAUAUCCUGGACUUCAAUCAUUCUAGGCCUCCGUAUAAACAAUCGGAGUUUCGAGGCAUUAUCAUUCUUUUCGAAGAUGAAUGUCAAUGUAAAACCAAAUUCUGUUACUUUGAUUUCCGUCCUCUCUGCAUGUGCUAGAAUAGGAGCCUUGAUGUGUGGGAAAGAGACUCAUGCCUAUGCAUUAAAAACUGGUAUAGUAUCUGAAGGAUUUCUACCAAAUGCAAUUUUAGACAUGUAUGUGAGGUGUGGGAGGAUGGGACUGGCAUUGAACCAAUUUAACUUGUACAAAAAGGAUGUUGCUGCUUGGAAUAUUUUGCUGAGAGGGUAUGCUGAUCGAGGGCGAGGAGCACGGACAAUUGAGUUAUUUAAUAAAAUGAUCGCGUCUAAAGUUAAUCCUGAUGAUGUGACAUAUAUAGCGUUACUAUGUUCUUGUAGUAGUUCUGGAAUGGUAAAAGAAGGUUUCGAGCAUUUUAGUCGCAUGAAACUGAAUCAUGUCGAUCCAAAUUUGAAACAUUAUGCCUGUAUGGUUGAUCUACUAGGUCGUGCAGGAAAACUGAAGGAAGCUCAUGAAUUUAUAGAGAAAAUGCCUAUAAAACCAGAUCCAGCCAUAUGGGGAGCCUUAUUGAAUGCAUGCAGGAUACAUCGGCAGGUGCAACUUGGGGAACUUGCAGCUCGGAAAAUUUUCGAGGAGGAUACAAAAAGUAUCGGAUAUUACAUUCUCUUAUGUAAUCUCUAUGCUGAGAGUGGUAAAUGGGAUGAACUUGCAAAUUUAAGAAGUAUAAUGAAGCUGGAAGGGCUGAUUGUUGAUUCUGGCUGUAGUUGGGUGGAAGUGAAGGGCAAAGUUCAUGCUUUCCUUAGCGGCGAUAAUUUUCAUCCUCAGAUAAAGGAAAUAAACACGGUUUUGGAGGGAUUUUAUGCCAAAAUGAAGGCAGCUGGACACAUUUCUAUGAAUGAAGUCGAAACUUCAAAAGCCGACAUCUUUUGUGGGCACAGUGAGAGACAUGCAAUCGCUUUUGGACUAAUUAAUACUGCUCCGGGGUCACCUAUUUUGGUUACGAAAAACCUUUACAUGUGCAAAACUUGCCACAGAAUCAUCAAAUUCAUUUCAAACAUUGUUCGCAGAGAGAUAUCUGUAAGGGAUGCAGAGCAGUUUCACCAUUUCAAAGACGGUACAUGUUCUUGUGGGGGUGAAGGUUACUGGAAAAAGGUUGACGAGGAAGAAUCUUAGGGCCCUCUGAUACCAAUGGCUGUAUUCUUUUUCUGUACGGUGCGAGCCCCUCUUCUCUGCUCACAGCUUGUUACUAUAAUGUAACUUCCUAGUGUAAACAAAUUUUAGAGUAUAGUUGAAAAAUAAAUUAGUUAGGAAAUAGAAGUAGCACUCAAACAAAUGAUGUAUAUUUCUGAUAUUAUAAUCAAGGAAUCAUGGAGAUCCCUUUACAGUA